AUGUCCGGUAUACUAAGUGAGGAUAUAACUGCAUUGAGCUCUCUGGAUCGGUCUGCCUUGAGUUCAAGAGACUCAACACUGUUGAGGGCUUUGGAUCGUGAUACCUGGCUGUCAGACAAGGACUGUAUUCAACAGCCGUUUACCACACUGCCGAACGAUUGUUUAUUUCAAAUCUUGAUGAUUGAAAAUAUUAGCCAGUCCAAAAUGUCGCAAUUGGAUGAUAUAGAUAAUAAAUUAGACCCAGCAAAACAGAGGGUGGACCGCCUACAGAAUUCAAGGGUUGUCAUUCAUGAAGUGAAUAUGGACAACGACGAUUCUGUUACAAAAGAAAAGUAUGGCAGCAAAGAUGUAUUCAAACUCACUUUACAGGAUAAAUCGGGCAAAUUCUUUUACGCCAUCAAUUACAACAUUAUUCCGUGGAUCAAUGUGUGCAUGAUAGGAUCCAAAUUAAUAAUUAAAAGUGGCACAUCAUUCAAUAGAGGAGUAUUUAUAGUAAAAGAUACCGAUUGUUCUUUCUUAGGUGGCACUAAUAGAAUUUGGAACGAAAAUAGAGAGUCAAAAUUAUACAACUACUUAGAUUCCAAGCUAAAGAGAGACUGCAACAAUAAUGUUAACGGGAGAAAAAGGAAGAAUUGA